CUUUACGCACAUAACGAAUUUACAAUGUUGGAGAUUACGGCGUGGUGGAGAUGGGCCGGGCUGCUGGGUGGAUGCCUGCUGGUUGUCUGUCACGGCAGUCCAUCGCGGAUACGGGAGGAUGUCCGCCCGGCCGCCGGCGGUGCCGUCAAGUUUUCCUACGCGCGUCCGGCAGCGCCGGUUAAUGCCACACGCCGCUCCGGCUUCCGCAGCAGCUCCCAACGGAUUAUCGGCGGGACGCCUGCGGCGGCCAACGCCUUCGACUUUAUCGUCAGUGUGCAACAGAAUUUCGAGGGGACUUACGAGCACAACUGCGGCGGAUCGCUGCUGAUGGAUCUACAGACGGUGGUAACGGCCGCGCAUUGUGUGCAGCAGCGAGGCUACACUACGCCCGCCAGCCGCCUGCGCGUGGCGGUAGGCGUUUCUAAGCAGUCGAACAUCCGCGCCUCAAACCUCAUCGCGGUUCGCCGCAUCACGGUGCACCCGCGCUUCAGCGAAGCGGGUAACGUGCCCAACGAUAUCGCCCUUCUGCGCUUGGAACGCAGCGCCGCCGGCAUCCCGCGCGUCUCCGGGAUCCGAUUGCCGGCGCGCGGCGAAGCGGACCCGCGUAUCGGGACAGCGCUGCAGACGGCCGGUUGGGGCGUCACGGAGAAAGGCCAAGAGGAGGCGUCCGGCUCCCCGACGCUGCUGAGCACCAGUCUGCGGGUGGUGGAUCGCGAGCGCUGCGGUGCGGCACUGAGCAAGGACAUCCCCACCAGCCAGAUCUGCACGGGCAACGCCCAGUCCGGCACGUGUAAUGGCGACAGUGGCGGACCGUUGGUGGAGCGGCGCCGUGACGGCCCGUAUUUAAUCGGCAUCACCAGUCACGGAGUGGAAUUGUGCCACUCGGGAACGGCGGACGCUUUUACCAAAGUCAGCUACUACCGCGACUGGAUCGAUCAGGAGACCGCGGCGCAGGAUGAUGAGGACAGUGAGCGGCCGCUGGAUCCGCCCCGGCGUCCGUUCAGCGGCGACCAUCUAGGCAGCUGUGUCCGGCUGGCGGGGAUGCUGCUAUGCCGGGGCAGCCACAUCCUGGCCGAAGCCAAAGAGUGCUAUGUACUGGCCGACGGCAUCAGCUGCCCGGAGAUUCCCUACUUUCCGCCCGGCACACCGCAGCGCUGUCUGCAGUAUGCCGAUAAGAUAUACUGCUUAUAAUACUAACAGACCCAUUACUUAUUGCAAGUAGCGUUGUUAUUGUUUAUACUGACUAUUUAUUUAAUCCGCUUUAACGUCUGCAACAAUCAGGUGAAACUAACUCGCUUUCAAGUAAGUUGUGUAAUUGCAGCUUUAAGGUUAUUACUGCGAUGUACAUACAGAGUAGCAAAGACAUAUUAUGAGCUGAUUACGCGAGUAAAAA